AUGAAUGAGCUGAAGGCUGCCCUAAGAGAUCUGGAUCAACGAUACUUGCUCUUCAAGCAGCAACAAUUCACCUUUAUUACAGCUUUGGACCACACACGGGAGAAUGCCCAUGACAAGACCCAACCCGUGUCCACUCUUGCUCAGGUUCAGAAUUAUCUGGACCACCACUGUAGCAAUACAACCGACAAGCGAAUCAUGAUCAUGUUUCUGGAUCUUUGCAAAGAUCUCACUGAGUUCUGUAGUCAACUCCAGGAUAUAAAUCCCAAAUCCUGCUCACCUGAUGAUGUACUGGAGAAGUGCAAAGUCCUUCUCAGCUGCAACCAUGACAUGAGAAACCUCCGAGCCACAUAUCCACAUGAUGAAGUGAACCACCUGAGCUGUGAAGAAGCAAAGCACCACUAUGGGGGUGUGAUCAGCAUCCUACCAAUUGCUCUAGAUUACUUAAAAGAUGGUAUUGGCAUCAUCGAGUUAGCCCAGUAUGAAGCUGCAAAAAAUAACAGGUAUGCUCAGUGCGACAAGAGAGAGGAACCAAGAGAGAGCAAAGAGAGCAGCACACAAACUGCUCCAUUGCAGAUGAAAGAUUGUGAAAUCAUGAAAUGGAAAACAUCCAUCAAAAAGAAAAAUAAGCCAUUAAUGUUCAAACCACCGUGGGUACCAGCUGGUAAAACCAAUGGUCUCUGA